AUGAAGCAAAAAAAGUACAAGUUUGAAAAGAGUAGUUGAUAAAAUGAUGAAAGGCACAAAGUGACAGUUAAAAUAGUGUUUUUUCUCCCGCGAAAAGCUUUAAUUAAUUCGUUGAUCAGAACUGGAAAGGCAGCUUUGUCUCGUGGGGGCACUCUCUUAUUCUGUGACAUUCUUUUCAUCAUACCCCACCCACCCCCCUCCUCUUUCUCUCCUUUUGUCCUUGAAACUUUUCUUGAUCAUACAAUUUUGCCAGUUUUUUUUUUUUUGGUUUGGCUUGUUUGUUUUUUCUUACUGUCAAGUGGUUUUUCGCUCCUGUAUUAAGAUUUUAGAAGCGCGAAAAAAAAAGGAGGGUAAUUAGAGCAUUGGAGGAGGUAAAAGAGUAGAUUUUGGAAAAGGAGAAGAAAAUGGUGAAAGAGACAGAGUAUUAUGAUGUUCUUGGUGUAAGUCCUUUAGCAUCUGAAGACGAAAUUCGCAAGGCCUAUUAUCUCAAGGCCAGGCAAGUUCACCCUGAUAAAAAUCCAGAUGAUCCCCUUGCUGCACAAAGAUUUCAGGAAUUAGGAGAAGCAUAUCAGGUUUUGAGUGAUCCAGUACAGAGAAAUGUAUAUGAUCAAAAUGGAAAGUCAUGUGUCUCCAGGGAAACUAUGCUUGAUCCAACUGCUGUGUUUGCACUCCUCUUUGGGAGCGAACUUUUUGAAGACUACAUCGGACAUCUAUCUGUUGCAUCAAUGGCUUCCUCUGAAUUAGUCACCGAAAACGACAACCCUGAAAGGCUCCAUGAUAGACUCAAGGGUGUCCAAAAGGAAAGGGAAGAAAAACUUGCUAGAAUCCUCAAAGAUUUUCUUCAACAAUACGUUCGUGGUGACAGAGUGGGAUUUAUACAUCGUGUAGAAUCUGAAGCAGAACGACUUUCACAAGCAGCAUUUGGAGCUGAGAUUCUUCAAACUAUUGGAUACAUAUACACAAGACAAGCAGCACAAGAACUUGGAAAGAAAGCAAUUUACUUGGGAGUUCCAUUCAUGGCCGAGUGGGUUCGGAACAAAGGUCAUUUCUGGAAGUCACAGCUAACAGCAGCAAAAGGUGCUUUUCAACUGCUACAACUUCAAGAAGAUGUUCGUCGCCAGUUUAAAAUGGAUGGGAGUGGCCCUGAAAACGACGUUGAAUCACAUCUAAGAUUAAACAGAGAAACAUUAAUGAAUUCAUUGUGGAAACUAAAUGUCGUAGACAUUGAAGUGACUCUUUUACAUGUUUGCCAAUUGGUGCUACAAGAAGGCAAUGUGAAGAAGGAAGAACUCAAGAAACGUGCGAUGGCUUUAAAGAUUUUGGGAAAAGUAUUUGAGAGGGAGAAGUGUGUUGGAACAUCGAAAAAGAAGACGAUAGGCGAUAUCAAUGCUGAGGAAUCUAGUUCAGAUAGCAGUGAUGAUGAAGAAGACUCACUAAGAACACUAAAUUAUAGAACUCCUCUACUCACACAGGGAAUUGGUAGACUCUUUAGAUGUUUGUGUAAUCCAGCAUUCGAUGUCGAUGAUGAAGAGAUUGUAUACAAAGGCAAAUAAUAUUCAAAUCGAUGAACUAAUUUUUUGGCUUCGUGCUUCGAAUUAAUCGAUCAUGUUUAUGUAAUACGGAUAAUUGAAGGAAAAAAAACUCAUAAAGGCGUAAGCUAAUUAAUAUUUUGUGCAGCUUGUUUUUGUAAUUGAAAAAACAUGUAAUGAAAUAUUAUGUUUGUUUUAAAUGAUUAAACAAAUUUAUUUUUAA